AUGUUGACAGACGCCUCACAGCAGGAGACUGUGGACAGUGUAGACACUGUGGAGAGUGUCGAUACUGGGGAUCAGCCCUUGCCCUCCUCCACUUCUGACGCUGGGACACAGUGUUCUUUAAAGCCCCCCCGAUGGUCUCACGCUGUGCAGGUUAACCUGAAGCCCAAGAUGGUCAGCGUGGGCACACAGACAUCAUUCGGCACACAAACCUCCACUCCCCUUGCUAGUCCUGAACAGACAGAUGAAGAUGAUGAUAAUGCCUCUGUCAUCAGUGACUUAUCGUGGGUGCCCGAAGAGCCGAUGCAUGAGGAAGACUUGUUUGAUGAGGAGCCACCUUACACGUGUGACCCCCAUCACAAUGGCAUUGACAAAUUCAUUGUUUGCCAAGAGGAGCUGAUGGGCCUUUUUGUCAUCUGUCCGGCCUGUUGUGAGAGGUCAGAUAGUAGCAUCGUGCAGCAGGAAGGAACUUUUCUUAAGAUCAAGCAGGUCUGUGCAUCAUGUGGCUACCACCGUUUCUGGCAAAACCAGCCAAUGCUCCACAGGAACAUGCCGACCUGCAACCUCCUGUUAAGCGGGGCCAUUCAUUUCACUGGAUGUUUGGCCACCCAGACAUUAAGAAUGUUGACUCUGUUUGGCCUGCAGUGCAUCAGUGCGAGCAGUUACUUUCGCCAUCAGCCGCUACACCAUCCCUGUCAGAUUCUCCUGGGCACUGCGCUGAAGUAUGGAUCCUACUCUCUGAUCGAGGACAGAGUGAACAAGGUGGUGGAUGUUCAGCUUGUUCAGUACAACGAUGCUUAG